GAUGGGAAAAGCAUGAGGAAAACGAGGUAUGAGGGUAAGGGGUGGACUUUAUGGUCAAAUGUAAAAUAAUGAAACUAAGUAGAAACGAAACUAAAAAUGUCUGGUAAAACAGACCACAAAAGGAUAAUUAUUUCCUUCAUUUAUUUACUUUUUACAUUUUUGGUUUUGUUAUUUGUUUUGUGAAAGACAUAAUAAUAGAAAUAUAGAAUAAUUAGAUAGAUUUCCGCCUCUUGCCAAUCUAUAAUUAGAUAGAUUGAUUGGCAUAUCAACCAUAUUUAUAUUCUAUGAUAUAAAGCGAAACUGCUUCAAAAAAAAUACUACUGCAUGAGGUUUGAAUGUUGCAUUAUUUAAAUGAUACAUUAACUAUAAUAAAAGUACAACACAAUCUCUUCAUUCACUUGUUUAUUUUGAUUAACACUUUAACAUUUGGAGAAUGGCUGUGAACCUUUAUUAUGGAUUUCACAAUUCCAAUUUUAAAUAUAAAUAUCCUUUAAUAAUAAUAAACCAUAACUUUUAACCAAACCAAAAUCAACCAUUAACCUUCCAAGGCCCCGCCUCUUCAGCCAGGAGCCAUAAAUAUAUUUUUAACCAAUUAAACCAAAUCCACCCUCCUUUGAUGCCCAGGAGGGUGACUUAUAUCCCAUAACACGGUCACGACAUAAUAACUUUCAUAAAAAGGAUGGGUGGGCGGGUGGGAGCUGCAGAUUAAUACUCUUUAUAAGGAGCCAACAUUGGUAAAUUGUCUGGCACAGACUGAGGUACAAUUUUUGGUGCCAUUUAAUUUAUGCUGGGCGCCUCACACUGCAAACCGCCAAUCAUGGCGUCAGCCCUCAGCACAAGCUACCUGCCGAGCCAGCAGCGCUCUACCCUGAGCUUACCCCUUCGUGCGUGCUGCUCCCAACACACUUACAAACCCAAUACUUACCCUUCUGAGCCUAGCCCCAUCAAACCCCACGAAGCUGCUCCCAUUUCAUUGUUUAGAUGAUGCAAUAAAAAUAAUGCAGAACAAAAUACAAAAAAACAUGAACGAUAUUCACCUAAAACUUUUUUAAAGCUGCACAGCAGUGACUGACUAUAUACAUACAGGUAUAUACUACAUAUAUACUACAGGUAGAUAUACUACAGGUAGAUUCGUCACAGACCCGGAAGAGAUUGCACCAAUCAUGAGCAUCUCAUUGUGAUCCAUUGGGGCUUUUCUUAUCCCAUAAACUGCAGCAGGAUUUUAUGGAAUAAGAUAUUUAUCCCACAGUAGCAGGUUCACUCAUCACAUAGAAUGAAUGGGAUUGCACCAUUCCACACUUGAUAUCAGUUUGCACAUAGUACACUUAACAGUUGUGUGCACCAGGCUGUGUGCAGUGAUCUGUUGAACCACCAAGUUUGCAUGUGCGCCAUGCAGCUCUCUCCUUAGAGUGACCCUUUAAUGUUUAUCACUUGUCUGGUAGGGUUAAUCCACUCUCAUUAAAGUUAUUAUACCUAAGCCUUUUGCCUGGUUUUAGAUUGUCAUCCCUUCUUUAGCUCUUAAUCCUUUUUCAAAAUAUACUGGGAAAAUUGGGAUUAUACUGCUGAAUCCAGGACAUUUGUCAGGUAUGUUCAUUUACCUCUUAAUUUCAUAACUCCCAAGUGUCCCUGUUUAGGAGGGACAGUCCCUAUUAUGGGCUCAGAUCCCUCUCUCCCUAUUUUCCAUCCUAAUGUGUGGGUCUGAGUGUAUCACAGAGCUCCACAGCAAUGAUACUCACAGUAAUUAGUUUAGAAAACAGUCUCUGUUAAUAAGAUACAUUGUUCUUGUUCUAAAUUACAAUUUAGUUGCAUAAAUUAUUUUACCUAAAAUUUCUCGGAACACCCCUACACUUUUUCUGCAGAGCUGGCUCUAGAAUUACAUUACAAAUAGAUGUUUUCCUGAGCAGUGGUGAAAUUUCAACAAAUUCUUAUCUGAGUAAUCUUGUGUUUUAUUUUCCCUUGGUAACUAAUCCUCACCCCUUGCCCUCCCCUUGCUGUGUGUACCCUGCUCCCUGCUCUGCCUGCCAGUACACAUCGUACCAGGAACACAGCACUACUUUCACGAUUGCCGCUGGAUGAUAAGGGGCAGAAAAUGGGCGAGCUGUCUGUAUCGAGAGAUGGGUGUCUGUUACUGGGCAUCAUUCUGCUGGCAGGAAUAGCAGGUAUGUAAUUUAUAUAUGUGUAUAUAUAUAUAUAUAUAUAUAUAUAUAUCUGUUUGUGUGUGUAUAAUUUUAUAAUAUGCAUAGAUGUGUGUGUCGAGGAAGCUGCUAUUGGCCUCUCUCUGUGUGACUUAGUGACAUUUCUAGUGAACAGAUUCUGCAAAUAGCAGUGUCUCUGAAAUCUUCCGCCGUUUAACCCUUGUUGGUUAAAUAAAAUGUCCCAUUUAGGCCUCGAUUUAAUAUUUUUGGAUACCUUUUUAAAAUGCUUUUCUAUUUUUGGAUCAUUAAAAUAGCAAUAUAUCAGUAUAUCAAGAAAUAUCAAAAUCUAAACAUUAAAUGUUUAUUCUAAAUAUAUUAAAGAAUUUUAAACGUUUACAGAGUGGAACGAUAAGCUAAUAUAAUAAUGAUAAUGAUAAGGUACACUGAAGGUAUAUGAGUGCCAAUUCUUUUUAGAUUAAAUAGUUGCAUAGUCUGAAAAGAGACACAGGUACAUCAAGUUCAGCCUUCCUCACAUUUGUUUUUUGCUGUUGAUCCAAUCCAAUAGAAGGCAAAAAACAAAACAAAAAACAGUUUGAAGCACUGAAAAAAAUUCCCUCUUGACCCCAGAAUGGCAGUCCGAUUUAUCCUUGGAUCAAGCAGUUAUUACCCUACAUUGAAAAACGAUAUAAUUGAAUAUUCUGUUUUUGCAAGUAUGCAUCUAGUAGCUGUUUGAACAUCUGAUAACUCUGAUAAAACCACUUCUUCAGGCAGAGAAUUCCACAUCCUUAUUGUUCUUACGGUAAUAAAACUAUUCCUUUGCCUUAGACAAAAUCUUCUUUCUUCCAGUCUAAACGCAUGACCUUGUGUCCUAUGUAAACUCCGGUUUGUGAAUACAUUUCCACACAAUGGUUUGUAUUGUAAUUAUUAUUCACUCAGUGCAUGUGUGUGACUGCAGGGUCCCUCCAUACUACAGGAAUACUUACCAGUUGUCCCUUUUCAUAAGAGAUAGUCCCUAUUUUCUUGAAAGAGGGCCUCGGUUUAACUUAUUUGAAUCAGAAAUGAUUCCAUUCUGAUUACAAAUUUUUUUUUAAAUGAUUCAUCUAGAAAAAUUCCAAUGUACUUUAAUGGUGAUAUUUGAACCAAAAUAGUUUGGAACAUUUUUAUUACAGAUUGUGAUAAUUUAAAAAGCUAAAAAUAUUAAAUCAAAACCAUAGUGCCAGGCCCGAAUAUGCUCACUCAGUUACUCACCCAUAUGUCUAGUCUAUUAAACAUGCCUCAUGGUAUAAUGUUGUUUAUCUAAUUGUAUGUUAUUUUAAAAACUAGGCUGAUACACUCAGGAGAUUAUUGUGAAGAAUUGUAUUCUCGUUACAUGUCUGCUAUAACUCCUUUUACUUUUUUCUGUAUCGAAUUAUUCUUUGCCUCAAUAAAAGAAAGAUGGAUAAAAAUAAAUAAAUAACUAGAGGCCAUAAUUGUCAAUAUUUGCCUCCUUCAAAUCAGAAAGUGGGGACAUAGGCAGGUCAAAAUAGUAUGAGUCUAUCCUCAUAAUAACUGCCAGUGUCAUACCUCCCAAGUGCUCCUAUUUAGGAAGGACAGUCUCUAUAUUAGGCCCAUAUCCCUCUGUCUCUCUUUCCUAUCCUAAUAUCCUACUUUUCUAGGAGCUCCAUAUUGUUGGUGUGUCUGAGUGUAUAACAAAGCUCCACAACAAUAAUACUCCCAGUAAUUUGUCUUUAAAGCAGCACUGUCACCGUCUGGUGGCAUCACCGCUGGUGGUCCAGAUACCGAGGUGGGCAGGUAAGGGUGAAAUUACUAACUUCCUCUGCUUGGCUGCAACACUGACUUUCUCUUCUUGAUGCAAUCAAACUCUUCUCAUAGAGUACAAUUUGAUUGGACCGUUAGCUCAGUUCAGUGCACAUGUACGCAGUAACGUAACGGGAGGAAGUGGUGGUGGAGAGAGGGAGAGAGGUGGAAUCAAAGCCUGAAUAAAAAACCUGUUAAGAGUAUAUGACAGCGUGGGACCGUGAAAUAUUCCUCUUGCAGGCUCUGCAUGAGAGAAGCGAAUUACGUCUGUUGCCAGCGUGCAAUGUGUGCUGAUGACGAAUGUAUUUUUGACAAUUGAAUUGACAUCUGACAGUCCAGAACAGAGUUCUGGGUUGCUAAGGUCACAUGUAACUGGGAUGCAACUCGCUCCCAGCACACAAGUGCAAAUAUCUCUGAAUGUGCAACGUUUCAAGCAGAAACUAAAGGCAGAAGCUGUCAUGGUGGUUGGAGUAACCCUUUACAUUUGAAAUUCACUUUGAUGUCUCACUUUAGUGAAUAGAUUUUAAAUAAAACCCAUUAAACUCCAUUACUAAUAAUUGAAAGAUUUAGAUUUCCUUUCAUUUUUUGGAAUCCAUUCCUUUUCAUACCCACGCUACUCUUGUACCUUUCCCCACUCUAGAGAGAGCUUCUUCGGUGGAUUGUCCCCCAAACACCGGCUUCACAGGGGAUCUGACCUCCCUAUCUAAUGGAUUGAAAGAGGGCAGCAAAGCCCAGUUCCUGUGCCCAACUGGGAAAUAUCCGUGGCCCGUCAGCAGCCGAGUCUGCCUUCCAAGUGGCCAAUGGAGUUUGAUCAAGUCUAACACUGGCCGGAAGUAUAACACUGUCUCCUGCAAAGGUGAGUGGAGGUUUCAGAGCCAUCGAGUGAAUGGCUAAAACCAUCUCUAGGACAGUGGGAAGAACAACUGGGCUCUGCAGGGUAGUGGAGGAGGGAAUGCCGGGCUCUGCCAGGGCAGGGGAGGAGGGAAUGCCAGGCUCUGCCAGGGCCGGGGAGGAGGGAAUGCCUGGCUCUUCUGGGGUCGGUGAGGAGGGAAUACCGGGCUCUGCCAGGGACGGUGAGGCGGGAAUGCUGGACUCUGCCAGGGCAGGAGAGGAGGGAAUGCCAGGCUCUGCCAGGGCAAAGGAGGAGGGAAUGCCAGGCUCUGCCAGGACAGGGGAGGAGGAAAUGCCGGGCUCUGCCAGGACAGAGGAGGAGGGAAUGCUGGGCUCUGCCAGGACAGGGGAGGAGGGAAUGCCAGGCUCUGCCAGGACAGAGGAGGAGGGAAUGCUGGGCUCUGACAGGACAGGGGAGGAGGGAAUGCUGGGCUCUGCCAGGCCAAUGGGGAUAUACUAAGCUCUGCCAGAGCAAGGGGAGAUACUACACUCUGCAUGGCAGGGGUGAGAAAUAUUGGGCGCUGCCAGGGCAAGGGGGGGAGGUGGAGAGGGGGCUGGGCUCUGCAGGACUAGGGAGGAGGGAAUAUUGAGCGCGGCCAGGGCAGGGGAGGAGGGAAUAUUGGGCUCACUAUUUAGUUCCACAGAAUGGAAACUAAACUGCUUCAGAAUCAUAUAAUGGAGAAUGGGCUUUGCCAGGGCCAGAGGAAGGGGCUGAGCUGUGCCAGGGCCAGAGAAUGCAGACUGUGUUCUGUCAGGCCUUGCAUAUUUGGGCAUGUGUGGGCUGGUGGAAGAAUUGAAAGUACUUGGUGGCACCAACAUUCAGCCAAUCACAUGUACUCGCUGCUUAUUAUAACUAGCUAGUCCUUGCUGUCAGUAUGCCCCAGCUACGUCCAUGUCUCAGGAAUGGUGGGUGAGUAGUAAGAGCCAGAUCUAACUAGCAGUGACAUGUAGUAUCUCAUUAGACUGAGUGAUGUUUAUCUGUGCCUGUCCAUUUCUUGCAGAUAUGAGAUGUCCUGAGCCAUUAUCAUUUGAAAAUGGAGAGUAUUACCCCAGGGGACCUUUCCUGGUUGGGGCAAAUAUCACCUUUCAAUGCAAUGAUGGCUACCACUUGCGAGGUUCGAUGGAGAGAAUGUGCAGGAGAAACGCCAAAUGGAGUGGAGAAACGGCGGUGUGUGUUGAUGGAGGUGAGAGGGGGUGACAGGGGCACUAAAAUCACAGACACAGAAUAGAACCGAUGGUUUAUUAGGACAGAUAUGUUAACUUUUGCAUUAGCAGUGAGCUGAAUUGAUGCUGAAGCACUGCCAUGCCUCCUGGUUUUGUUCAAAAGGUUUCACCAAAACCGUGGGGGUGGUGCAUACACGCAACUAGCACCAUGACCACUAAAGGAGCAUGUAGUGGCUAUGGUGCUUACACUGUCCCUUUAAAUAUUUAACAAUUGACCUGGAACUCCAGUUCAGCCCUGUAUACAUUGACAUGGGCACACAUUGCAUUGGAAGAGGAGAAAUAAAAAUAAUGGGAUACAUUUAAUAAAGUACUGUGACCUAAAAAGUCUUGCAAAAUUGGAAAAGUGGAGUGAUCGCCAAUGGAAUGUGCCGGCUUGUUUUGGUCAGUUUCAUAUAGAUUGUUUCACUUCCAUAACCUUUCACCACUUUUCACAUUAUGGUUCUAUGAUAAAUCUGCCCUGUGAUCUCUGUGCACUGGCUGACAGGUGCAGAAGGCAGAGUUUAUACCGUAGCAAUUAUUGUGAGGGAGCUCCAGAAUAGCGUUAACUACGGUGCUGUGGAUUUCUUUUUUAUUUAAUACUUAAUUUUAUCUUUCACACAUCAGAAAAAACAUGUGUAAAAUUCUUCGGGCGCAAAUAGACAUAUUAGAAAGUUUCUCACAUGGUGAAGUAUUUUACAAAUGAUUUUUGUUUGUGCCUAAAUGAUCUUGGAGACAAUUCUUCUUGGCCCUGUAAUUCAUACCAGGAAAGACAAAUCAAUCCGUGAAGAUCACGUGCAACCUAAUUAUUGGAUAUUGUUUGACAGAUGGUCACUGCCCGGAUCCUGGGGUCCCUCCUGGAGCUGUGAAGACUGGUACGCGAUAUGAAGUUGAUGAAAGAGUUUCAUAUGAGUGUUCCCGUGGACUGACUUUAGUGGGAUCCAAGCAAAGAACGUGUCUGGAGAACACAGCGUGGAGCGGCACUGAGGUCAGCUGUCAGUGUAAGUUCUGGGCCCAAGAGCUUAAACACUUAUACGCACUAAGAAAAACUCUUCUUUAUUUCACCUUUGGCAUCUCUCUUUUCUUUUCACCUUUUCUAAGUGCAUCUUGGUAUAUUUACCCUUCCUGCCUACUCAAAUCCAACUCUACUCACCCACUCUCAUUCCAUGUUUUCUGCCGUAAGCCUCACCAGUUCCUGCUCGUCUUUGCUAACCUGCACUAAUUACAGCUAAUUUAAACUCACCAUCUUUGAUUCAGUCAUCUUCACCAAUUCCAACUUAUCUCUACUCACUUUCACCAGUUUUAACUUAUCCAACUCACUGUCACUGAUUCCAACCCUUCUCCACUCACACUAAAUGAUUAUGACUCCCCCGCACUCAUCCUCACUCAUAUUGACUUGUCUCCACUAAUGAUGGUUCUCCACUCACUAACUCUGACUUGUCUCCACUCACCCUCACUAACUCUAAUCCUAGAGCACUCACACUCACCCUCACUUUUAUUUAUUUAUUUAUUGUCCACCAGAUCCCUAUGCUUUUGAUCUCCCCGAGGAUGUGAGUGAGCAUUUCAUGGGGACAAUCUCUGGAGUUCUUAAAACUCAGCAACAAGGUAUGGCAUGGCGAUCUGUCUCAAACACAGAUAUCUGGAAACUACAUGCAGCUAUCAUCAUAAAAACAGCUCACUAUAAAGCUAUCCAUCACUGACACAGAUAUAGAUAGAAACAAACACUAUUUCACAAACCGAUGCUAAAUAGUGGGGAGUGUGUAGCCCUAAAUAGAUGGACACUUACCCCUAAGGACUAAGGGUUAUGGAUGGUGAAAAAUCCCAAAAGGGGACAGAUAGUAAGGUUGUGAACAAGUGGUGAGGAUAAUUCUUUAUUGGAAUCACUCACAUGGUUUAGAGCCUCUUAAGAACUGGCUCUGUUGUGUACUUAACGUGACACACACCCUAUGCGUCCAUAUUAGGCGAUAACCUCAAUAGUGGAGAUAAAAUUGGGAGAGAACAGGGAAGCAAAGCUAACGCUGGUGUAGAAAUCCUCAGUAUAAUAAAGCAAUAUAAAAAUAUAGAUUGCUUCUCAACUUAUAUAGAGCCUCGGACUUGGCUCUAAACAUGUAGGUGAAUGUGUCAAAUUAGGGUGUAACUACCCUUCUUUCCAGCAGCAUUGAUGAUCCACCACACUUAAUAUUAAGUAUAAUUUACAUUUAUUGUAGUCAAAAUAAAAACAAUAUAAAUAUAUACAGGAUAGUACCGGUGGUGUAGAGUCCAAGACGCGUUUCGCCUAUUCAAUUCAGUUUUCUCGAUUGGUGGUGUUGAUGCUGCUGGUUCCAAAAAAUUGCAUAAUACAAAGUCGUCAUUAAGUCCAUAAGGUUGCAUAGUAUUAAGGUUAAAGAUUCAUUGCAUCUCUGUUUGUCCUAUAUGUUUAAUUGGGUCCCCUCCUCUCCAAUUCAUGGUGAUUUUUUUGAAUUCCCAUAAAUUCCAUUAGGUGGGGAUCAUUAUUGUGUUUAUCCCUAAAUUGCAGUGGGACGCUGUGUUUUUCCAAACCUUUUUUAAUGUUUCUUGUGUGUUCCUAAAUCCUCGUGGUUAGUGUCAGAGUGGUUUUCCCUAUAUCCGCAGGGGCGGGUGAUCAUAUAUAUAACUUUUUGUAGAGUGACAUGUGAUCAUUGGUUUAAUUCUGAAUUAAACAAAUGAUCACAUUUCACUCUACAAAAGUAAAUAUGUUAUCAAUGACGACUUCAUAUACAUUGUUAAAAUAUACAAAUAAGAUCUUUCAAUAGGAUGUAUACAUAGUAUAAAAACUGAUUAGAAAGAUUAAAAAAUAAAGUGAAGUACAAAUACAAAUAAACGUAAAAUUAUUAUUCUUUUAUAAAAAAAUGGCAUAAUUCAAUGCAAUGGAUAUUUAACCUUAAUACUAUGCAACCUUAUGGACUUAAUGACAACUCUGAAUUAUGUCAUUUUUUACAAGAGAAUAAUAAUAAUUUUACGUUUAUUUUUAUUUGUACUUCACUUUAAUGUUUAAUCUUUAUAAUCAGUUUUUAUAUUAUGUAUACAUCCUAUAGAAAUAUCUUAUAUUUAUAUUUUAACAAUGUAUAUGAAGUCGUCAUUGAUAACAUAUUAAAACCACUCUUUGGAUGCAUAAGUAUGAUAUAUAUAAUCAAAAAGCAGGGUAUAAGCGUUCACUAAAAUAACUAAAUACAAGGCAGCAGUCAACCAGCAGGACUUCCCUAUACCUGCUAAUAGUGACCAAAAGUGCAACAAAAACAAAGUGGUAAACUGCACCACAAAGAUGCAUAAAGUGAAUAUAAUGUAGUUAUAGUAUAUACAUACAUACAAGUAGUCCAAUAUUAUGGCGAUGUAUAUAGCCCUCAAAGGAGAUGACAAUAAUAAAACAGAUAAUAGUACAAUAUUUCACAUAAAUAUUAAAACACCUAUUCUCCCAGCCUGCAUGCCCCUGUUCUACCAUUUAUAAUUCUCAUCCACAGGCGGUGCGGGCCGAACUAUAAAAAUAAAGAAAAAUGGCAUCUUGAAUGUUUAUAUUGUUCUGGAUGCAUCACGAAGUGUGGGAGAAGAUAACUUUGCUAUCUACAAAGAUUGUGCCAAACAGAUUGUGGAUGGGGUAUGUAACAUAUUGCGAAUUUCAGUGUUUGAAAAAGUGCGUCUUAUUUCGCCAAACCUCAUCAACAAUUUUCAACCAUGUGACGAUACGCUGCAGCGCAGUAUGAAAUAUCACAAAGAGAAAGCUUGCUGAGAGAGUGAAAGAAAAAGGGAGAAAGGGAAGGGGUUAGGAAAGAGAGGAAAAAACAAGACAGAUGUGCCAUUUUUGUCUAAAUUCUGCUCUUUGGCUUUUACCUCAUUAAAAUUCAGUGUUUAGUGAAUUAAUCCCGUAAUGUUACCUCAUCUUACAUACAUACAGUAAAAUUAGAUUUGUGAGGAACUGAUAAAGGAACUACAAAUAUGUAUUGAUUCAAAUAUUUUCGAGUGAGUACCUUAUUGUGAAGCAGAUGUGGUGUUUUCAAUAUACCGGUAAUAGUUGGAAACCCCUUUGCCCCGUAGACUGAAAGAUGGCCAUCAAUCUUCAAAGUAACUACAAUUAAAAGAAAUGUCAACUCACAAAUUCACCGCUGCUCGUUCGUUUACAAUAUAACAUUACUUCAUUUAUUGUUGAUUUCAGAUCAUAAUAAGCCCCACCACAACAAUCCAUGCGUAUCGUGCCAAAAGGCACUUUUUCAAGACCCAUAGCAAGUCAUUUUGUAUUUUGAACGAGCAGUGGUGGAUUCGUAAUCUGGUUGCCAUUUCUCUUAAUUGUAACUACAAAUAUGAGGCCAAAGCAGCGGAACAGAAAAUAUAGUCAAAGGUCUUAACCUUGCAAUUGCUUUGUUAAUGCUCCACAGUGGAAGUCUUAUCAAUGUUCUCUGUUCUCCAGCUUGGCCGCUUUGAUAUGACAGUAGAAUUUGGAGUGAUCUCCUAUGCAACAGAAGUCAAUGUAGUGGUCAGAAUUCACGACGAGGAUGCAGACUACAGUGAUACGGUGUCUGAUACAAUUGAGAACAAUCUACAAUACGCUGGUGAGAGACACAGCACCCCCUGAUAUCAAAUUCAUUGACUCCGAUACUUCAAAAAAUAAAAAGCCUAUAAAAAUGAACAGACAUAUAAAGAACUCCAAAUUAAACUAUAUAUAUUAAAGUGCGAAUUACUAAGAUUUCAAAGUGAAUUUAAAAAACACUGGCAAAGUUAUUUACUAAUAUAAUAAUUCAUAGGGAAUCAUUUAAAUACAAACCUGUAUUUCUAACGCUAUGAUGUCCCUGUACCUAACUUUAUAGGUCUGUCCCCACAGCUCGGUUAAAAGGGUUAAAAACCCUUUUUUUUCUUACCUCCUUCUAGCGCCGAGGCUCCCGCCGUGCUAGUUAGGUCUCAUCCUCCUGCAAUGGCACAGCGAUGGUGGGGCCGAAUGCACAUUUAGGCUUUCCUAUGGGAAAUUUGAAGUCGUUAGACAUUCUCAUGCAAAGCAUGUGGACGUCCAAUGUCAUUUCAUGGAGUAAAACUCUGUUAGGGACCAGGAAGAGGUGGAGUAAAGCCUUCAAUGUAAUCAUUACAGUUUCUCUAAAACAGCCAUAAUUUACAUUGCAGGGUUAAGGUGACAUGGGGCACUGCACCCAGACCACUUCAAUGAGAUGAAGUGGUCUGGGUGUCAAUAGUGUCCCUUUGAGGUCAGAGCAGCCAAACUUUAAACACAGUGGACUUAAAGAAUUGUUCUAGUUUGUCAGUUUUAAACCUUAAACUUGAAAUUUAUUUUGAAUUCCCAUUAGUUAAAUACCCCGUUAGUUAAAAUUGAAACUUGUUAAAGGAGUUUCCACCAGGAACUAAACCUAUUGUCAUGGUGGUGUCAUUUAAAGGGACUCACAAUGUAGCGAUGACUUAGCUUGUAGAAGGGAUGUCUUCACCUAACCAAUAGUCCCCACAGAUCGAUCCCUUGGUUAUGUAGUGCUCCUAGGCAUUUCAUACAUUGUGACAGUGCAGCAGACGUCGGGCCAGAAUACAGCACGUCCUGUUUAGUUCAUGAAUGGAUAACUGGAAAUGGUCGGGAUUGGUUGCUCUGGUAAGUGAACGGUUAGGGGCAAUAAUCAGGACAGUCAUUCUAUGAAUGUUUAACAGACCACAGACAGGACAGGUGGCUCUGAGCACUAAAUAGUUAACUGGUAAUAGUAAACAGGAAUAACAUUCAUAGGAAAUCAGUCAAGUGUAGUGUUAACGAUUGUAUAUGAGUCGAGUCCAGUGACAAAGACUGAAUGUUAGAUCAAUGUGACCAAUAAAGACCUUAUCGUAUAGUCAGCGGCUCCUGGGAUUUAACCUGAUGUAUAUUUUUGUAUGUUCUAGAUCACGCAGACAAAUCAGGAACAAAUACUAAAGCUGCGUUGCAAGAAGUGUACAAUAUGAUGUCAUUUCAAAAGGACAGAUAUAAAACGAAAGACUGGGAAUCUAUACAACAUGUUAUCAUUCUAAUGACAGAUGGUAUGGACUAAUAUUGUGUUUUAUUGAAAAUAAUAAAUAUAUUUUUUAAAUGAGGGGUAUUGAUUUUUUUGUGAAAAUGUCACUGUUUUAUUUUAUACUCCCCCACAAUAAUCACAGCAGCCGACAAGUUAGGUUGAGCAGGAGUUAGAAAUCAGUAGAGUCUUACCUAACAUGGAUACUCAGUCAAAUAACAAAGUUACAUUUAAAAAGAACCAAAAAACAAUAUGCAUCAUUUAAAAAUAUAUAUGAUCACGCUUCAUUAAUGUAAUAAACAUUUAAAAAAAGGUGAAGGUUAAGUUGUUCUUUAAAAGGGACACCAUAGGCAACAAAACAACUUAACUUAACAAAGCAGUUUUGAUGUAUAGAUCAUGCUCCUGCAAUCUCACUGCUCAAUUCUCUGUCAUUUAUGGGUUGAAUCACUUUGUUUAUACAGCCCUAGGCACACCUCCCUGCAUGUGACUUGCACUGUCUUCCUAAACACUUCCUGUAAAGAGUCGUCUAAUGUUUACACUUCGUUUAUCGCAAAUUCUGUUUAAGUUAGAACUUCUUACCUCCUGCUCUUCUAACAACUUGCUACAAGUUGCAGGAGACUACUGUGUGUGAUUAAAGUUUAAAUUACAGAGCAGGACAUAAAAAAAAAAAAAAACUUCCAAAACAAGUUAGCAUCUGAUUGAAAAUAAAACAAUUUUUAAUGCAGGUUGUGUGAGUCACAGGCAGGGGAGGUGAGGCUAGGGCUACAUAAACUGAAACAAAAGUGAUUUAAUAGAGCAUGAUCUAUUCACCAAAACAGCUUUAUUAAGCUAAAGUUGUUUUGAUGCCUAUGGUGUCCCUUUAAGCUUGUGAAAAUAGUGUGUGGAGGAACCGUUGAGUGGAAAGCGAGAGAGUUAGAGAGUUUAGAUUUAGCAGAAAGGAUAUCAUUAGAAACUUAAGUAAGAUCUGUUUUGGUAGAUUGAAGAGAGCCAAAUGAAGACUAAAAGUGAUUUUUAUGGAUGCAUGCAAGACACUCUAUAAGCCUAGAAGUGAAGGGGAGCAGUUAUAUGGGACUGUAGUUAGAAAGAGUCACAGGGUGAAGAGAUUACUUUUUCUUUAUUAUAAGAAAAGAUUGAUGAAUGCAUAUUUGAUGGGAGUGGAGAAGACACCAGAAUACACAGAGAUAUUCACGAUAUGAUGCCCAGUUUUUUUCUGGUCUGUACUAUAGCCUAAUCUUCCAUUUGGCAAAAUCACUAUUAGAUUGUGUUUUAGAUAAAAACAGUAUAUGGAUAAACAGAUAUUUAUUCACUGUUUCUUGCCACUGCAGGUAAAGCAAACAUGGGUGGACACCCUAAGGAUGUUGUGAGAAAAAUCAGGGAUUUCUUGAACAUCACACCAGAGAGAGAAGAUUUUCUAGGUUCGAACUUUCACAUCUCCCAGACCAAACUCGGCCCAUUUUUUCCUGUCACAGUUCCUGCCGAGAGUCUUUCUCCAUGAACUACUUUUCUAUACUUUUUCUCAUCGCUAUAUCUCUUGUCUGUGUACUUCAUUUACCUAGCGUACUUUCUCACAACACUUUUUGCAUGUUUUCCCCGCUAGACGUGUAUGCCUUUGGUAUUGGUGUUAACGACGUUGACCAGGUGGAACUGAAUGACGUAGCUUCUAGAAAGGAUAAUGAAAGACAUAUGUUUAUCCUGGAGAAUGCAGAAGAUAUGAAGACCGUAUUUGCAAAGAUACUGGGUAAAUCCAUGCAUGCAUUCAUAAUUUCUCACUCCUUAUAUUUAACCUUUUACCUUGCUUUCCCUCUGUUUAUACUUUUUUUGUCACCCACUUUUUCCCCCUCAAAUUUCUAAUUUCUACAAUACAAGUUUAUAAACAGUUUUACAAAUUUCCCUGGAAUCAGGCCAGGAGAAGAACCACUGCCUCACCUUGAAGUGGUUAUGGUGCUUAGAAUGCUCCCUUAAAGGGACACCGUAGGCACUGUAUCUGCUUCAUCUCAUUAAUCUGGUUAUAGUGUCUGGAGUCCCCGGUACCAUCAUUUCUUUUAGCAUUAAACAUUUUCUAAUGUUCUAAUGCUAAACAAGAGCCCCAAGCAGUCCAUCCCCUCUGUGCUGCUUUGGCUAAUACGGAAGUAUUAGCCUGUGCAGCAUUGGGCAACUGUGAUUGGCUGAGAGUGUCAUCUGACUGCUUUUAGCCUGUCAAAGCUCCAACUGACGGUAUGAAUGGGUAUGACAACAAGGAAGUGUGUAAUCUCUGCCUUAGCUACACAUACAGAAGGGGCCGGACUGUGGGUGGCCAGGGACUCUUAUUUUGUGGCAUACUGCACGAACAUGGUAAAACACUGAAUGGAGGGACAGUGCCAGGGCACUCCAGGCACUAUAGCCAAUUCAAAGAGAUGAAAUGGUUAUAGUGACUACAGUGUUUCUUUUAAGAAUGAACUAGAUUCUGCUUUCAGAUGCGAUUCUUUGAAGUAAUUCCUAACGAUAGAAAUGGGACAGUGAUAUUUAUCUAGUUUACAUUCUUUCAAUUCCCUUGCUUUUUUAUAGGUUAAUCUUUCUUUUUUUUUUCAUUUCAAGGUUAACUUUUAUAUAUACCAUAUGCUGGAUAUUUUCAUAGUCCACAUUUUCAAGAGAUCAACAAAUAUGAAUGCUGAACACUUUUGUAUUUUUAUUUUGAAAAGCUUUUACAAUCUUAGCCGACACAAGCUGUUUUAAAAUAUUGGAUCGAAUGUUUGUGUUGAUGGUUUCAUCUACUGUAUCCUGCACAAUGUGCUCAUUUGACAUAUUUGUGUCGCCAGUAAUGCCAUUGUGUUGCUGCAUGUUGAAAUGUUAUUUUAUAUGUUACACCAUUUUGCUGUUGUGCUUAUUAUAUACAGUAACUGUAUAAUGAUCAUACCCAAGUCACUUGUGUUGAAUCUCUCCAGAUCUGAAGACAGUGGGUGACAUGUGCGGAAUUAACGAGGAACAUGGGGAGACAAGUAGAGAAAAUUGGAAUUAUCUUCAUCCAUGGACAGCCAUAAUACAGGUAAGUGUUGAACUGAAUCAAUUUAACCAAUUUCAGGCAAACCAUCUUUAAAAACUAUAGUUUGGGCAUUUCAUUCAAGGUACUGAAGGUGUUGUAUGGAAGGGUUGGAGAAGACACUUAGACUGGAGAUCCACUUUCAAAGCUCGAACUAUGGUCUCAAUUUAAGAUUGCUGGAUAAGCUUUUCAAAUGAUUUAAAAUUAUUCAAAAAUAUUUUAAUUCCAUAAUAUUUUGUUAUUUUUUUUAAAUAUAUUUAUUUUAUAUAUUUUUCCAUAAUAUAUUAUUUUGAAAAAGAUCAUUUUAAAAGUUUAUCCAAAAAUACUGAAUUAUUUGAAAAGCUUAUCCAAUACUAUUAAGUUGAGGCCUAUGUAUGUUUUUCUUCUUUCUUUCUUUCAGACGCAAGCUUUAGAACCUUGUUUGGGCUCUUUGAUAUCAAAGUCCUGGGUCCUCACAGCAGCCCAUUGUUUCAAAGCAAUUCCAACACAAGUUGAAAUUGGUAAGAAAUCACAAUGAUGAUGACGAUGAUGACAUGGUAACUUUAUUUUAGACUAUAUGAAGAGCCAAAUGUAAUUGCAGGGACUUCAUCUGAGCUUGGUAUGGUUCCCACCAAGAGACACAAGCUUAAUGCCCCAUUCAGAAAUUGUCCCAUCCAUAAUAAUCUAAUACUCUGCAGUAUUUCCUCUCUCCAUUUUGGUAAUUUGGGCCAAUUCACUACAAUUCAUGGUUUAACAUCUAAAACGGAAUGGGGUUAUUGUCCUCAUUGAAUUGUAAUGAAUCGACAUGUAAAUUGCACAAAAAAAUAAAAUAAUAAAAAAUGACAAAAAAGCUAAAAUAGUCGAGAUGGAUAAUAUCUUGACUUUUUAGAAUCCACUGUUUAUGCAAACUGGCUAUUUUGGCCUGAGCUAAGCCAUUUCAUAAAUGUAUUAUUUAUUGUAUAAAGUCACAUGACUGAAAGGUUACACAGGUUAGAUUUAGAGGUAAGCUGAGAUUGUAUAUUUCCUAAUUACCAUAUGGAUUACAGUUAUAGUGUAUAUGUGCAGCUGUGUAUCACGUGCUGUCUGUUUCCAUGAAAUCCAAUAACUGAAAGCAUUCCAUAUCUGUGAUUUAAUAACCUAGAAUAUUAUGUACACGGAAUGUCCACAUCUCGCGUGUUUGCAGCUUGACAACCAUCUCUGAUCCCAUUAUAAUUCUCCUAGGACCCUUGAAGUUUGCUGUAAAGGACUAUAAGACACACAAGUGUUACAACCAAAGCAGGAAAGCAUCCAUUGGGCUAAAGGAAGACUAUGAUUAUGACUUGGGUCUUAUACAACUGGAUAGCGCUGUGACGUUUUCACAAAAUGUCAGGUAACAUACACCAUCGGAUGCUGGGACUCUGUCAGAAAAAUUGGUAGAAGGGACCAUUUCUCACCCCGCUAAGAUGAGAUGAGCAGUUCUAAACAGAAAGGGCUUAAUAUAAAAGAACACAUAUGCAGUAUAUUGCAUGAUGGACUCUGCACCUUAUUAAAAGAUUUGCUUGCAUACGUUAACUUUAUCUACAUUUUUAUGUGACAGGACAAUCUGUACCCCUUGUACGGAGCCAGCCAACAGAGCAAUGAAAAAGACUGCUGCUUCAACCUGCAAAGAACAUAGUAAUUAUCAGUGUGCUAGUCUACUGUGUCAUCCUGUGUCAUUCAUCCCUCUGUUUCGGUUACCUAUCAUAUUAUAUUUUUCAUCAACCCUACGGUACUCAUAAUUUUUUCAACACUAUUUACCAGCCACUGUAUUGUGCCUAACAUCCUAGCGCCAACUGUAUUCAUCAUCCACCCCAACCAACUGUAUCUAUCAUCCCCCCCCCAACCAACUGUAUCUAUCAUCCACCCAAUCUGCUGUAUCUGCCAUCCACACAACCUACUGUAUCUAUUAUCUACCCCUACCCAACCUACUGUAUCUAUCAUUCCCCCAACUUACUGUAUCUCUCAUCCCCCCAACCUACUGUAUCUGUCAUCCCCCCCAACCUACUGUAUCUAGCUUUGAUUUAACUGUUUGGGAUAAAUAUAGUUUAUGCACCCUGGGGUCAUUUAUCCUCAUGUACGCAUUUUCUAGUCAUGGACAACACUUUCAAUUUUAGCUACAGUAGAUUUUGACAGCGUUUGUUAUAAACAGUGAAUUGCAGCAAUUUGACAUUGUGAAUAUGUUUCCUGAAUCUGGAAAAUGAUUUUGUUUGCCACAACUCACUGUGUAGCAGCCUUGGAUCAGUUUUAGUUUCUCUGUUCUGUACCUGAAACAUGCGACUUAGUGAUACUUGUCUCCCAAUCAGAAAAACAUCUGCUUUAAGAAAAUUUCGAGAGGUUAUGCAGUAAAUUCUUCUACAGUCUAAGCAUGUCAUGAAGCUUAGUUGGACACCUGAGCAUGGGAGAGGGGAAUCGAUCCCUUGGGGUAGUCCCCCCCGCCCCCCCAGUUUCUCCAUUAACUCAUGUAUUUUCCUGUGCUAGGUGACUGGCUGAUGACUAGCAAUGAGAUUCCUGCACAGUAUCUAGCAAAGGAUGAGAAAACUCCAAAGGAUCGCCAAAAGAUGAAUAGGAAAGAUGUUCAAAUAAAGAUCAACCAGGCUGUAAGCUAUGCUGCAUCACUAAUAAGCAAUGUUUAAAUAUCACGGAUUGUUAGAAUGUCUACAUCUUUUUCUUCUUGGUAAUCUGGGCCUUUUUAUCUUUUCCAUAGUAAUAAAUGUACAUGAUGUUUGUCAAUACAGUAUUUCUCCACUAAUUCAUUUGAAAAGGGAUGAGGGUACACAAGUUCAGACAAUCGUGGUUAAUCAGCCAAGCAAUGAUUUUUGAGAAGAAGAAAACCUCCUUAAAUGUGUGGGAAGCAGCCAUCUUGUUUUUUUUGAUAGACCUCCUGUAAGGUAUAUCUCGUUUAAUGUUAUUUAUUAUUUGCUUAUUUAUUUAUUUUUUUGAAGUUGAAUAAAGAUGUGGUAGUGGUGGUUGAAUGAAAAACGUUUUGGGAUAUUUUCUAUGAAGCCUCACGCAUAUCCUUCCCGGCAUCUCUCUCUCACUUUAUGUUCUGUUUCUUCUGCUGCAGAGAGAUGCGUGCGUUUCUGCUGUGCAGAACUGGGACCCAUUUAAAGACAUCGACCCGUCGCUACUGGUGUCGCCUCGGCAUCUUUGUGUAGAGGGAGAUAUGUCCUGUAAAGGUGAGCUUUUCAUUUAGUCAGUGAGAGUAUGGUAAAUUGGAAAUUAAGGUCUAAUGAGGUGCUGUGUAGCUUUUUGACCAGAAAUCACUUAUAUCAACAGAAAGCUAGGAUCCCAGUCAAUGAACUAGAAACGAUAUAUGUAGGAAUACAUCAGACUGUCAGGCCACCAAUUGUAAAAUAUUGAUCCAGUGAGUAUUCAAAGUCAGUCCACAUUAACCACAAGUAGUGCAUUAUUUUGGAAACUCAAGGUGUUCCCUGACUGUCAACGUGUGGAGGUAACCCAGCUCACAACACCUAUCCCAACACGAAUAACAUAAUAUAUGUCUAUCAUGCAUCUUAGAAUGGCUGGGUUAAUGGAAUAAGAGAAUGGUCAGAAAUUGAGACAAGGUCAGGGAUCAAGAAGUCACAUAUACAAAAAAUUAAAACCGAGUCAAGGGGUGCCCGAGGACAAAGUAAUCAAGACAAGCCAGGUCAAAUGCCAAAGAACUGCUAAGAAAACGGAACGAUAUCUUGGUAAUACCAAAAAACCACAACAGGAAAACGAUAUUCAGGCAUGUGUGGAGUUUAUGUAGAUUGCACUCCCUGUUGAUUUAUUUGCAUUAUUCUUUGUGUUUGUACGUCGAAGGCAGAACAACGCAACAGACACUGCGUCAUAAUUAUGACACACAAGUGCUUUAUAAUAAAGGAUUCCAUGUAGCAGUGUUCAGUGUCAGAAUUUAUGUCAGAAUGACGCAGUGUGCAGAACAGAGCAGGAGCAUACCGUUACACUUACUAUCAAAAUAUCAUGUCUUUCUUUCUUUUACAGGAGAAUCAGGUGGCCCACUCUAUUUGGAGAGGAAAAAAAGAUUCUUUCAGGUAAAAGAAGCAGUGAUAGUAAAAAUGGAGAGCUAUAUGCACAGAUACAUGGUGUUUCAUAAACAGUGAGAGAGGUCACAUAGACACAGAGUGUAUUUGAAGCAAAUAUUUUAGAAGAUAAAGAUGGUAGCCACAUGAUUUACCAUAUACUACCAGAAUAAGAAGCACGUAGAGAACAGCACUGAGAUUUUUGUUGUCUUCACACCAUAUGCCCAACGCACAUGAAAAGAACACUCCAAACAUAUAAAGCGCUUCAGACUCAGUUGUAUCUGUUUUCAGACGGUUUUUUAUUCCAGUUUGUAAAAGUGGCGAUUUUAGUAGCACUUUCGACUUUCAUAAGUGGGUGCCCAGAUACCUCCUCAGUUGUCAGACAGCCAACGCGUUUUCUCCCUCUUCCAUUAGAUGGACAGCACAAGCGGAAGUGGCAAGCUUGCUGGCAUAGAGCGAGUUGGCCAAAACGUCACAAUUAGCUGUACUAAAGCUCACUGAGAAAUAGAUCAAAGGAAAGCCACAUGCAUAAGAGCUUGUAACUCACGAACAGAAACAUCUCAAUGAGGAGUCUGAUUGGUUAGUUGGGAUAAAGGGAAGGGCUUGCAAAGGCUGCAGACAGCAGAUCUACAGCUAUUUCUAAGUGUUUUUUUUUUCUUCUUCUUCUUCAUACACACCCAUAAUAUUAUGCAGAAAAAUUACACGUUUUCUUUGGGGUAUACUACUAAAGUUAAAUGCAAAUAUACCAUUUUCUUUAAUCUCUACUGUUAUAGAUGGUUAGAACAUUAUAGGGAUUGUGACUUGUAUUCGCUCAAUUUACACAUCAGAUUCUCUUAUGCAAUUAGUAAAUGUAACUUCUUAAAAUAAUAAAGAAAAUAUAAUUCCAAAAAGCUGCCUUACUAGAAGGUAGCCAAUAGGAAAGGAACCCAGUCCAAUCUCAAAAGUAAGUAUAAAUAGUACCAAAAAAUAAUAAAAAUUUAUUAGAAUAUAGUAAAACCUAGGGCUAGACAGAGAUAUCUAAAGUCUAAUAUGGAGAGAGGUAUAACAUAUUGAGAAGCCAAAAAUAAGCUUGAUAAACAGCCAAAAGGGCAGUAAACUAAACUAUGUUAUAUAUACCUCAGGGAAUGACAGAAGAGAACCUGAGCAGAAAAGAGAGGAAAAGGGGGAAAAAUUGAAUGGGUAUAUAGUAACCCAAAAAGGGGGUAAAAAUGCCCCAAUUGUUGCAUAAAGGGUAUCAAUGAGAAUACUAAAUCUAAAAACAAAAACCCUUUCCCAGAUCAAAGAAGUCCUACAAUUUAACCAUCUCUCUAAGCUAACCCAUUAUCUCCUAAAUAACACCUUCGUGGGUGUUCUAAUCUAAUAUCUAGACCUAGACAUCUAUAGCCAAAGUAACAUUGUGCAAAGUGCUCGUUAGUGCUAAAUAGACGAAAAAUAAGUGAACCGAAAAAUAACAUUGUGCAAAGUGUUUGUUAGUGCUAAAUAGACGAAAAAUAAGUGAACCCAACACGCGUUUCGGCGUGACUACACGCCGUCCUCAGGGGCAAUACCCCUCAGGACGGCGUGUAGUCAGGGGCAAUACCCCUGAGGACGGCGUGUAGUCACGCCGAAACGCGUGUUGGGUUCACUUAUUUUUCGUCUAUUUAGCACUAAGGGGCACUUUGAACAAUGUUACUUUGGUUAUAGCUGUCUAGGUCUAGAUAUUAGAUUAGAACACCCACGAAGGUGUUAUUUAGGAGAUAGUGGGUUAGCUUAGAGAGAUGGUUAAAUUGUAGGACUUCUUUGAUCUGGGAAAGGAUUUUUGUUUUUAGGUUUAGUAUUCUCAUUGAUACCCUUUUUGCAACAAUUGGGGCAUUUUUACCCCCUUUUUGGGUUACCUUAUACUAUAUACCCAUUCAAUUUUCCCCCCUUUUCCUCUCUCUUCUGCUCAGGUUCUCUCUGCUGUCAUUCCCUGAGGUAUAUAUAACAUAGUUUAGUUUACUGCCCUUUUGGCUGUUUAUCAAGCUUAUUUUUGGCUUCUCAAUAUGUUAUACCGCUCUCCAUAUUAGACUUUAGAUAUCUCUGUCUAGCCCUAGGUUUUACUAUAUUCUAAUAAAGUUUUAUUAUUUUUUGGUACUAUUUAUACUUACUUUUGAGAUUGGACUGGGUUCCUUUCCUAUUGGCUACCUUCUAGUAAGGCAGCUUUUUGGAAUUAUAUUUUCUUUAUUUCAUUAUCUCUUGGGUUACCCCCUAUUACCCAGUCUAGGUGACCUAAUUUACUCAAGGGAGUGGAGGGGGGCAGGUUCCUUUCUGUCCUACCUUCCAGUCCCUUGUGUGUUCUUUAUAUAUAUUUUGAUUAACUUCUUAAAAUAGCUGGAGUUUGGCCUGAAAUUAUCACUUAUUUAUAGAUCCCAGUUGAAAGAAUAAACCUCUAUUGUGCUUUAUUACCUUGUAACCAGUUUCUCGUUCUUUAGGUUGGAAUACUCAGUUUUGGGAUUUAUAACCCCUGCACAGAUAAAUCAAAACAACGAAAAAAUCCUGAAGCUCGGGACUUUUAUGUAAAUGUCUUAGAGAUCUUGCCCUGGCUGCGCAAACAUGUUGAUGAUCUCGAGUUCCUGGCUGAUGUUGAUGUAGAAGAUAACAUAGUUUGUCCAUCCUGAGUAGAAGCAAAAGGCGAAAUUACUUCUCCUCUGAUAAACACCUUAUAUGACAUGGUGUGUAUAUAUCAUUCAACCUUACUCUUUUUAAAUGACCAUUAAAACAUCACAACAUAGGUUUCUCAAAUGCACCGGCUUCCUAUCAAAAUCUUCUGAGACUUUUCACUCAAGAUUUGUACAACACAUGAAAUGAGCAGCAAUGCUGACAUAGAGCACGCGACUAUGAAUGCCACUAGUGUAAAAUUCUGUCUGGAGCCAAAUAAAAAAAAAAAAAAAUUUGGUCAAGGAUGGACAAAUACUGGCUGUCACAAUGCAGACUUCAAAGAGCAAUAAAAUAAUCAUAUUCCAUAAUAUUACUCAGAAAUAUAGACUUAAAGCUUUCUGUUAUCAUACUAUAAUGCUCAGAAUUCUUCGCUAGACACAGGUUGAGAACACACAUGGGGCUAUAUUGGAAUAAGUGCCUAAAGUGGUGAAUACGACUUUUGAAAAAAAUUUUAUAUAUCGGUGUUAUACAUUAAACCAGGAACUUGCAGAGAAUUUAUGUUCCAACUAUUUGCUAUUUCCUUGACUGCUUUCCACAAGUUCCUGUUAACUAAAUAACUUAACCAGUGUUUGUUCACUCCCAUCUGAAUUGUUCUAAUAUACUUUCUGUGUGGAGAUCAUCAGGUGCAUGUGCCUCCCCAUAAUGUCUCACAAACAAGCACAGAUGGACUAACAUUUGAGGGAAAAGGGGAGUUUUUGGUGACUCCAUAUUUGGCAAGAAAUGGGCAAAGUGCUGGGUGGCAGUAGCUGUGAUUCAUAUUAGAACCAUUUUAAUGUAGUUACAGUUAGAUUAUAUUGAAGAAAGGUCCUUGGGUGUUACCCUCUGUUCCCAGAUAAUUUUAUAUCUGACUAUAAAUUAUUAUUAUUGCCAUUUAUAAAGACACCAUAAUCCUGAUUUACUCUCUACAGAUAUCAAUAAAGUAACACAUUUUCAAAUUAUGUCUGCGUAUGUGCUUUCUGUUUUAUAUGCCACCCAGCUUGUGUGCAUUUAAAGUACUGGUUAUUGUAUUUAAGAAUCUACAAAUUUGGGGGAUGCUGUCUAUAUGAGCUGGGGGUACCACACCAUCAAUUCCAAGACGUUAAGCUGCAUGGCGGUGAGGAAGCAAU